AUGAAGGGUUUCAAGAAAGUGACCGACUAUUGUCGGCUUUUGGUGGCCUGCAAUCCAUCGAAAUGGGAGAUUGUAAUGAUUUUCGUGGGAUUCUUCAGUGCUAUUGCAUCUGGUGUCCCAUUCCCAAUUAUUGGUAUCGUUUUUGGUCAACUGCUCAACGACUUCAACUCCGCGACUUGCUCCUAUUCCGAUGGCACCGCAAACUCGUCCUCUGAAUCCUCCGACCAGAGUUCCAUCAAUGGUGAAAUUCUUCUCAUCCUGUACCUCGCCAUUGCGCAAUUCUUCACCAUCUAUAUUCAUCUGACAUGUUGGACCAUGACUGGCGCACGCUUGGCGCAACGACUCCGCGAAAACUACCUGAAGAAUUUGCUUCGUCAGGAGCCUUCAUUUUUCGAUAAUCUGCCUCCUGGAGAAGUCGCAUCGCGUCUCAACAGCGAUAUUCAAACCAUUCGAUCGGGUACCUCUGAGAAGGUUGGAAUUGUUUUGUCGGCCAUUUCGUUCUUUAUCACUGCCUAUAUUGUUGCCUUCAUCAAGGACUGGAAACUUGCAUGCAUGUUGCUGUCGCUUAUUCCAGCCUAUCUGUUGAUGUCAUUUGUUGGAAGUCACUAUAUCGAGAAGUACGCCAGCCGCAUGUCAGACCAUGCUGCUAGUGCUGCUUCUAUCGCUUCAGAGGCCCUGAACAACACAGUCGUCGUGCAGGCCUUUGGCGCCAACGCCCGUUUGGAGGAGAAGUUUUCCAAGGCGCUCAAGCUGUCAGAGACUGAAGGUCUCAAAAAGGCUCUUGCUGUCGGUAUCCAAUCUGGUGUGCUAUAUUUCAUUGCUUAUGGUGCGAACGGUCUGGCUUUCUGGCAAGGUGCCAAGGGAGUUGCAGAGAAUGUUGAGACAGGAUCAGGAGGUGUGACCGUCGGUGCAACCUUCACGGUCAUUUUUGUGUUGAUUGAAGCUACAUUGAUGUUCAGUCAGGUCUCGCCAUUUUUGCACUUGUUUGUCCAGGCCGUCGCUUCAUACUCUAAGCUGCGCGAUGAUAUUGAGCGUGUGCCUCAGAUUGAUGGUACUUCCGAAGCCGGCAUUCGUCUCACCCAGGCAGAAGGUGGCUUUGAGCUCAAGAACAUCUCCUUCACUUAUCCCUCUCGACCUGAAAUCACUGUUUUGGACAACAUCAGUAUGAGCAUCCCUGCCAACAAGCACACUGCUCUUGUUGGUCUGUCCGGAAGUGGAAAAUCGACCAUCGCAGGUCUUGUCACCCGACUGUACGACCCCAAUGAUGGUCAGAUCACUUUCGAUGGCCAUGAUAUCCGUGAUGUGAACGUCAAAGACUUGAGAAGUUACCUCAGUCUUGUCCAACAGGAGCCUUCUUUGCUUGAUCGGUCUCUUUUGGAGAACAUUGCCCAUGGUCUUAUCAACUCGAGCAACCCAAGCCACGCCCAUCUGAAAGAAGUUUUUAUUCGUCCUGAUUUGGAAGAUCUUGCAGCAUCACUUAGAGAUGGUAAGGAUCUUGCGACAGAGGCUGAGAAGUAUGGAUCUGACAUGGUCGAGAUUGUGGAGCUGGUCAAGAAGGCCACAGUCCUGGCUGAUGCUGAUGGCUUCAUCUCACGUCUGCAAUAUGGUCUUGGUACAGUAGUUGGAUCCAGUGGACGUUUGAUCAGUGGUGGCCAGAAACAGCGUAUUUCCCUUGCUCGGGCUCUGAUCAGAGACCCUGCGGUUCUUAUUCUCGAUGAGGCGACUGCAUCACUGGAUUCUCGCAGUGAACAGCGCAUUCAAAAGGCGAUCAACAACAUUGCCACUGGUCGUACUGUGAUCACUAUUGCCCACAGAUUGUCAACAAUUACCGGAGCGGACAACAUCAUUGUUAUGCACAAGGGUGUCAUCGUGGAGCAGGGUAACCAUGCCGAAUUGAUGGCUAAGGAUGGAUCAUACGCCGAACUUGUCAAGUUACAAACCCUUAGCAGUACCCCUGACAAGAACGACACCACCGUCAGUGUUGACACCGUUAGCAAGUCCGAUCAAAGCUCUGUGACUGCCGGUGACGUUGAGAAGGCUGAAUCUUCAAACGCUUCAUUCGAAAACAUCAAGAAGGUUCCUUCUCCCGAAGAGACCCCAGUUGUCGACUCUGCUGAGGAAAAGGAGGGAGAGGAGGAAGGAGAGCUUGAGGCUCCCCGAAAAUCUCUCUGGGCUCUUAUCAAGGGUUAUGCCCCAACUACACGUCCUCAUUUGCUCGUCAUCGCUCUCGCCCUGAUCGGUUCCGUCAUCGUCGGAGGUGCCUUCUCCGGUGAAGCUGUUAUCUUUGGUAACACCGUUGGUGCUCUGGAGCCUUGCAAUACCCCAUCUUAUAUUCGCUCCAAGGGUUCCUUCUACGGUCUUAUGUUCUGUGUUCUUGCCAUCAUCGAGCUCUUCGCCAAUGUCGCCAGUUGGGCUGGAUUCGGUUAUGUCUCCGAGAAGAUUGUUUACACCGUGCGUGUUCUGUCCUUCCGCUCUCUAUUCGAGCAGGAUCUCCAGUGGCAUCAGUCUAAUGGUCGCUCCCCUCCUUUGCUUCUUGGAUACAUCACCCGAGAUGGUAACGCGCUGGCUGGUCUCAGUGGUUCUAUCAUCGGUACCCUGUUCUCCAUCACUGUCAACCUCUUUGCUGCGAUUAUCUUGACACACAUCAUCGCUUGGAAGGUCGCUCUGGUCUGUCUUGCAUUGGUGCCUCUCCUUCUUGGAGCUGGUUUCAUGGAACUUAUGGUUCUUGGUCGAUUCGAGGAGCGUCACGAAAACGCAUAUGCGCAGUCAGUUGACAUUGGUGUUGAAGCCAUUAGCAACAUCAAGACUAUUGCCGCUCUUUCUCUUGAAGAUGAAACUUUGAAGACAUACCGCAAAUCCCUACGAGGCCCUCGCAAGGAAACUUUGACAGUUACCCUGCAAGCAAGUGCCUGGCAGUCAACUACCUACUUCCUUGGUAACUGUGUCAACGCUCUGGCGUACUGGUGGGGUGGCAAGCAGAUUCUCAACGGUACCUACACUCAGACUCAAUUCCUGAUCGUCGUUUUCUCCCUACUCGUCAGUGCUCUUCUGUGGAGUCAGAUGUUCGCCCUUGCACCUGAGCUUUCCCAAGCCCGAGCUGCCAUGGCUAGAAUCCUGGAUCUGAUUGAGCAAGGCUCCGACAAGAUGCGUGGUCGCAUCCCUACUCAUGCACCAAACGUCAUCCAGGGAGAUCUUGAGUCCACUGAGGCCAAGGCUAUCCAGACUGAUAACAAGGCUUCCAGCGUUCAGCUUCGGGAUGUGCAUUUCGCGUACCCCGCUCGACCAGAUAUGAAGGUGUUGAACGGUCUCACUAUCGAUAUCAAGCCAGGUCAAUUUUGUGCCCUCGUCGGUCCCAGUGGAGCCGGUAAAUCAACAAUCAUCUCCCUUGCUGAACGUCUUUACGUUCCCGAAUCCGGGUCUAUUCUGAUUGAUGGACUGGACGUCACGAAGACACGCGAUCCCUCAUUCCGUAACAACAUCUCUCUUGUUCCUCAAGAGAGCGUCUUGUUUGAGGGUAGCAUUGAGUUCAACAUUGGUUUGGGUGCCAGACCCGACCGUGAUGUGACCCUGGAGGAGAUCAUGGACGCCUGCAAGCUUGCCAACAUCCACGAGACCAUUAUGGCGCUUCCAGAGGGAUACAAGACCAUGUGUGGACCAAACGGUAACCAGUUCUCUGGUGGUCAGAAGCAGAGAUUAUCAAUUGCCCGUGCGCUGGUUCGCAAGCCCAAGCUAUUGAUUCUGGAUGAAUCCACCAGUGCCCUGGACGCUGAGUCUGAGAAGCUUCUUCAAGAUGGACUCGAGAAGGCUGCGAAGGGCAUUACCGUGAUUGCGAUUGCCCAUCGUCUGCAUACCAUCCGCAAGGCAGAUGUCAUUUUCUUGAUUGAUGGUGGAAAGUGCACAGAUCGUGGAUCCCAUGAGGAGCUCAUCGAGAGAUCGGAGAGCUACCGGUCCAACGUCAUGCAUCAAACUGUGGCUACUUAA